GGAAACGAAACGAAGAAAUUGAAUCAAAGCUGAGAACUUUCGUCGGUUUUAGGGUUUUGGAUCGCGUUCUCCGUCCGCGAUCUCCGAGAUGAGCUCCGCCGCCGUGCCGCAGAGGACCUCCAGAUCCGGCGCUGGCCGGCCGCAGUCUCUCUUCUACCGUGAUCUCGCCUCUCCGAUCUCCUUCAAUCGUUCCGGUGCCGGCGGAAGGUUGGCGACUCCUGGACAGGCCGCUGCCGCCUCUUCUCUAUGGCGCGAGAACUUCGCCGCUGAAUCGGAGCCACCUCCUCCCCCGGUCUUCACUUUGGAGGAUCGCGUCGACUUCUCACCAGAGCCCGUGCUCGCCGAGUCCCCUGCCACGCCCCGGACCCCCACACCGCCUCCGUCGGGAUCGCCUUUCAGGAGUCAGGCGGAGCCCAGUGGGUCGCCUGGGAAAACGGGCUGGUGGUCUUCGUUGAAGAGUGAUGGUGUUGAGAGGAGGCAAGGGUCACCGGUGGAUGGCGUGGUUCAGCCGGCUGCUGCCGGUGCGUUGCUUGCGCUGCCGCCGCCGCCACCGCCUCAGCCACAGGAGGUGGUGAGACCGGAUGUUGAGAUGAGUGAUGGGUUGCCGACUAGAGGGCUUGAUGAGGAAUGGAUCACUGUUUUUGGCUUUUCUCCUGUGGAUACAAACGUGGUCCUUCGUGAGUUUGAAAAAUGUGGUUUAAUAUUGAAACACAUUCCUGGUCCAAGGGGUUCAAAUUGGAUGCAUGUUUUAUAUCAGAGAGGAUACGACGCACAUAAGGCUCUUAAAAAGGACGGCAUACAAAUAAACAAUGUUCUCAUCGUCGGAGUGAAGCCCGUGGAUCCAGCAGAACGGCAUUCCCUGAAUGAAAAAUUGAAAAACAGCACCAAUGGAGGUUUCAAUAUUUUGAGGCCACCGCAGCCUGCAACCGGGAAAAGCUCCACUGUUCGAAGCCCAUUCACAGCUACUCCUCACCAUCGUUACCAACAAAACGGUAAUACCGUUUCCAUUGACAGCGGCCGACAAGCAAUGGGAGCCAUUGCUUUGCCAGCAAAGUCAGUUGUGUUAAAAGUCAUUGACUUGAUGUUCGGCAUCUGACCUUAUUUAUUCUCAAAAUCAACUCAGACCAACUGAAGACUUACAAAUCUCUUACACCAUCUCUAUUUAUACCGACUUCUGUAUCAUUUGUGUAUCAAUGUUUGAUGAGAAUUCUCAAAUUUGCACAGCAGGCUCAAAGUUAUUUCUUGUACUCUGUAACCAGGAUACCAACAAUGUAUGUUUUAGUCUAUUCUCUCAUAAUAAAUAGACUACCGCCACUU